AUGACCAUUGAAUGCCACAAUCCUCAAGUGACGACACGUUGGAUUGAUCGUUCACAGUCGUCGUCCAAGUCUUUGGAGCAAUGUGAGCCACCCAUUCGUUGGGACGAGUACAAUCAAGUUCAAAAAACUGUCCAGUGCCAUGGCCAACAUGACAAGAGGCCCCUUUCCAAGAAGAUCACCUCUCGUAUACGACCCGUGAGGCCCCUCUUGUGUGGUUUGGUCGUGGUCAUCAUCUCAUCAUUCAAUCUGACAGAAGCCAGCUUACAGAAUUCAUCCAGAGAGACAGCGGAAGAAGGCUUGACGCCCCACUCCCUCCAUGUUCCAUUGCACGGCACGCACGCCCAGUUCAGCAAUUCAGGGGACCUCCUCGAAGUAUCCCCCUUAAAUGUCAACUUAUCCGGCAAUUCCAUUGGAAGUGCUCCCACCAAUGCAAGUCCGAACGCAUCCACUCUCACGGGCGUCUUUCUGGACCCAAAUGAACCCGUGGACGAGGAAAACGAUGCCAAGCUCUUCACUGAUAUGAUCAACAGCGUGAAAGAGUGGCAGAUCCACAAACUCCGGCAAGACACCUACAAACGUUUUUCCUCCAAAUUGCGUUACAAACGGGAUGAGGAGGUGGUCUGCUAUGGCGAUUUGGGAUGUUUUCGUGAUGAAGGUCCUUUCGAUUACCUGGACAUGUUGCCGUCGCCGCCGGAAGAGAUUCAGACCACGUUCUUCCUCUAUACGUCCAAAAACAAGGAGAUCAGCCAAAUCCUCACCUACAACAAUGCCACGUCCGUUCAAGAGUCCAAUUUCAACGCCUCCAAUCCUCUCAAGAUCAUCAUUCACGGUUUCGGCUCCGGUUGCAAUCGCGUCUGGCCACGCGAAAUGAGGCUGUCCUUCUUGGCAGUGGAGGAUUGUAACGUGAUAUGUGUGGAUUGGAGUCUGGGAGCGGCAGAUCCGAAUUAUGUCCGGGCUGCGGUCAAUACACGAUUGGUGGGGAAACAAGUGGCCAUCCUGAUGAAGACCAUUAACGACAAGUUGGCAUCCUCAAUGAACGAACGAACCCAUAUCAUUGGUUUCAGUUUGGGCGCACACGUGGCCGGAUUCGCGGGCUCCGAACUCUCCAAUCUGAGCCGAAUCACGGGUCUGGACCCUGCUGGACCCCUUUUUGAAGGUUAUGACCUCAAGGUCCGUUUGGACAAAUCCGAUGCCAAUUAUGUGGACGUGAUUCAUUCCAAUGGAGAAUCCUUGAUCGUGGGGGGGUUUGGGGUCUGGGAGCCCAUUGGACAUGUGGACUUCUAUCCCAAUGGUGGUCGAGCUCAGAGAGGUUGUCAGCACCUGAUCAUUGGAGGACUUUACGACUUCAUCUACUCCUACAGCCAGAGUAACGAGACCUAUCGCUACUUGUGCAAUCAUCGGCGUGCCUACAAGCUGUUCACGAAUUCAAUCUCUCCCAAAUGCAAAUUCAACGCGUUUCCAUGCGAAAGUUACGAAAAAUUCGAGAGCGGGGCGUGCUUCAGUUGUAACUCUAAAUUGGGAGAGUGCGGACACUUAGGAUAUUACUCAAACCAGGCUCCAGGUCGAGGAAGCCUUUAUCUCCUCACCAGAGAUGAAGAGCCAUUUUGUGGAAAUCAAUACAAGAUCAAUAUCAUGUUCACCGGCUCCAGAUUACCUUUGUACACUUACGGAAGGCUUCAAUUGUUGUUCGUGGACAAAGACGGAUUGAACGAGACUCAUCUCAUCACCGAGGAUGUCGACGAUUUGCUGACGUCAGGGAGUCAGAUUGAGAAACUUUUGGUUGGACAUCCAGCUAUUAUUCCAGUUGAGGUUCACAUCUUGUAUGUAGCUUAUGAUGGAUGGAUCUACUCAGGAAGGUUUCAAUGGAGCUUGGAUAAGUUGGUCAUCACUGACGAGCUUGGCACCCGCACCAGCUUUUGCAAGGAGAAUGGUCAGCAUUUGCCUUCUGGCAUACCCGUCAAAUUGAAAUUGAAGGAUGGGGAUUGCAUCGCGAGCACGCUGAAAGUGGCUCCAGAAUAUCCCUUGGUCCCUUACAGAAGGUAUCCCAACAAGCCUUACGAUCAUUUGCCACACCACAAGAUUCUUCCUGUGUCAAAGAAAGGUCCUCCUGAAAACAAGAUUGUGGCCAGUUCAGGUCAAGAUGGUCUGUACAUUACUAAUGCUGCGACCUCAGACGCGGAGGUAACCAUCACAAUCAACGACGAAGUGGCUCCAAAGUCCGUUCCAUCACAAAUCGUCACCUUCAACAACGGUAAAGAGGUCGUGGCGCGACCGGUGAAGAUAUACCGAAAUCCGCCGGAUAAGAUCCUUCCGCCGCUGAGGGCUUUGCCAAAGGUCAGUGGUCAAGGCCAUCCCCAUUUGCCCAAGAUCCCGCAUCCGUUGGUGAAAUGGCCAGUCCAUCAUCAAUAUGCUCCUCAUCACUCAUCCUAUUACGGGAGUGCUCCAGGGCCAUGGACAAUUGGUACGCCAAGACCAGUAAGCAUACCACCGCCACCACCGCCCUACCACGGAAAGCGGCCUCCACAAUUGGACAAUGGGAUUGAAGUUCGCUAUGGACCCAAAUUUCCCACCCCUCCAUCCCAUCCCACGGGUCAGUUCCCCGCUCGCAGACGUCCAUCGACUCAAUUCAGCCACCAAAGACCGAUCAUUACUCAUCGGAGACCGCCAAUCCGAAUAAGUAGUCCGGAUUCGAUACCCUCUGGAACCCGGAUUGGUCCCCAAUACCAUUCUAGGCCCAUGGACAAGAGCGACCAUGAUGUGACAGAACUCAUUGACACUUCAAAUGAAUUUGAUAGCCAAGCAAGUCAAAGUCAAUCAGACGAAAUGAAAAUGGAAUUCAUGUCCGACGAUCAGCUGACCAUAGUCAAGAUCGGGACGGAAGAUGAACUCAACCGAUCAAACAAUAAUUCCAUUGAUUUAGACACCGACAAUCAAGAGAAUAACACCAAGAUUGACUAUAUUGUAUUCCACAAACUCCCCAACGGCGAAGCAUUGAACCUGGAGAAUCUAAAGACGUACAACAUGAGUGAUAUCGCUCAGGGCAAGGUUCAAGAUCCUGAGCUCGGCGAGAUCGACAUGGCCAUGUUUGAUCAGCCCGAGGAAGAACCGCGUGGUUUCAAUACCUUCAAUGUCAACGAAGGGAACGACGCUCUUAGACCAGAUGCAUUUGACAGCCAGAGAAUACACUCAUUGGGUGUAACCAAGACAAUGGAUGAACCAGAGAGUGGCGAAUCUAUAAUUGAGGAUGACUACUAUGACCAGUCCAAUCAAGACGAAGAGUUAGCACCGGACCCAAUGAUUUUGAAGAUUUCGACCCAAGCUCCACCCGAGGAAGAGGUAUACAACCCAACCCCUUUGAAAGACUUGGAAGACCUGGACGCCAUGCCUUUUCAGGGUGACAAGCCCGUUUAUAUUAUUCACGAAAAAGAUCUGGUCAAGGAUCAUCCGUAUUUCACUUCGUUCAAGAACAAACACGUGCCAAGGAUGGAUGAUUCAAUCAUCUCGUCAGAGCCAGAGCCAGAGCAAGCUGAUAUGGAGAUCCUGAAAGUAAAUGUAGAUCGCAAAGACAGACGCAUUGACUCGUUUCAAUACUCGUCACCCUCAGUGAACUCACCAGUCAAGCCGGAACCGACCAAGAUGACGUUCGAUUGGGUUCCAAUCCCUACUAAUACGCCAAUCCCUAUAUUUGGUCCCAGAAACAAACCUAGCAGUUUUAAAAACAAACCCAUCGAUGUUAAAGAUGUUCAACAGAUGACAAACAUCGCCUCGGUGGCCAUUGCUAACAAGGGUCCUCUAGCUGAGGAGGUCAACAACUCUCCAGUGAAGGACCGCAUCCGGCCCAUAAGCUUGCAAUAUUUACCCAAACGAUUCACCACCAUUCUCUCACGGAUCACGGACAAGGAGAGAAGUUUGAACUCUCCCCACGGAUGGCCGGGACGACCCGGGCAGUUUCGCGAGAACAAGAUCGCACCCAUUUUUAAGCAAGAUCCCAUGGGACUUGGAUUGGAGAGGAACUUCGCCAGAGCCAUUCCCCAUCAGCAAUUCGUUCCCAGGACAUUUGGACCACCUCGCCAUUCGCGGAGGAUCACGGGACAUUUUUCUCCUCCUCCUCCUCCUCCUCCUCCGAUGCAACCUCGGACCAGUUCAUUCCAAACUCAAUUCAUCCCUAAUACCGCUUCGAGCCGGUAUAUUCCUAUUCAUCCUAAGCAAUCCCCAAAGCAGGAUCGACUUUGGUGGGAGCCACAACCAACCGAGACGGUCUCUGAUACGUUGGAGGCUCCGAAGGCUCUGAUUCGAGAUACCAUUCACGUGGAUGCGCCAAGGAUUGUUCCUUACUCGAGUGUUGAGAUAUCGUCGGCUCAAAGUGCUGAUGUUGUCAGUACUGAGCGCACACUCUCCAUGAUCCAAGAGGAAGACCAAGAUAUGGUUGAGGAAUCGCCGUCUACAAUUAUCACCUCAACCGAAGGGAAAAUCGUGAGGAUGCAAGAACCAUUUGUUCCUCCGUCUUUUGUUCCUGAAAGGAACGACAGUUCUCCACGAAAUGCCACAACGGCUCAGAACACAAAUGGAUUAACAAAAGAACUUUCACUUGAAAUCAAAGCCAGAGUCAUCUCUGAAAACAUCAAAGGCGAGGUGGAGGAAACCACCACCACGUCUGGUUCCAAGAAAGUGGAACAAUUGGAAUCAAGUUAAGAAGAGAGCAAUUUAUACGAAAUUUAACCAAUCCUUCUGUGAUAGAAAAAGAGAGCAAAUUUUAGUGAUGGAAAAAAUGUGCAACAACCCUAUUUAUGACUUGUAAGUUAUCAAAAUUUGGAACUCCUUUUCAAAGCGCUCUGUGGAAUAAUAUAAUGUGUUGUUCUUGACAAACAGGA